AUGAAUACACGGGCCGGUAUUUUGAUUGGAAUACACGAGAGUGGAGGAAAAUGUCUGAUGAUGAACAAGAGCUGGAAGAACAAUAAUUGUUCUUCUAUUGUUCGAACGACAAGACAUUAUGAACGAAGUAAAUUACAAAAACAGCAAGAAUUAGCGGUAAACGUCGGUAUGCCGGCUAAAACUUCGUUGAAUGGCCUCGAGAGCCAUGAAAAAAAACCAUACAAAAAAUGUUGA